GAUUUGGAGCUGCAGGUUUCCGUUAGAACUUCAUCUAAACAUUCCUUCUCGUUUCACCGAUUUCGUGUGGAAGUCUGGUUCCACGGUGGAUAACGCUGAUGUCCGGAUUUAAGCUGGGAAUUGUACGACUGGGGCGAGCCGCUGGGAAGACAAAAUAUGCACUGUUGGAUGAGAGAGAUAUAUCACUGGUGGAACAGUUUGCCUUCGAGGCUAGAGUAGAGGUGGAUCGAGAUGGGAAUGGGGCCAAGAUUUACGCGUUUGCAUAUGACAUAUGCAGAGGGAGGUACUCUGGGCAAUAUUUACAUGAACUGUUAUGGGAGAAACACUGUGGUGGAGUUGCUCCUGGCUGGAAGGUCACACACAAGAACGGGGUUACUGUUGACAACCGUAUGGAAAACCUGAAACUUGUUCCAGAGAGCUGUCCAGGGAGGCUAACGGAAGAGCCAUCUAAUAAAAUCAACAGGGAGCAGUCAUUGUAUUGGAUAGCAGUGCAACAGUUACAGAUUGAUCCCAUAGAUGAGCAUUAUCCAGAACCAGUUUAUGCAAAGUAUUACAAUUCCAAUGGAGAAGUAGUAGAAGAUGAAGAUGACGCUUGUGUAUACUACGAGUGCCAUAACCCGCCGUGUACGAACAUGGAACAAGAAAUCCGCGAGUUUAGUAUAUGUGGUCGGUGUCAGGAGGUCAGGUACUGUGGUACAUUUUGUCAGCAGAAAGACUGGCCUGUACACAAGAGAUUCUGCCGAGAAAAGCGACGCCCCUACAGCGCAGAAAGGCCUCCUGAUCGGUAGGCCAGCGAGCUUAAGGGUGCUCUUGUCAUGGAUGCUGUCUCUUCUACAUUUACAUAUGUAUGUGCUGUUUUAUUGAAGCUUUUCCCUUUUCCAUGAAGAUAGAGGUUAUGUUCAGGUGUGAUACAACCAGAUUCUCUGCAGCGAUUCAGCAGUAUGUAUAUGCUGCUGAAAGUCAAAGUGAGUUUGUGAGAAAUGAAACUCUCUGCAGUUUUACUGACAUUUUUUACUGAAAGAAAUGUUAUGAAUAAGAAAAAAAAUUGCAAAGCAGUGAAAAGUUUUUUAGUUUUAGUUAGGCAUUUUUAUAGUUACAUAAGACAGCAAUUUUUUGGAUGUGAGGAAAAAUGAAGCACUGCAGCUGAUAGCUGUAAAACCGUGGUCUUGUGUUGCUCAGAUUUGUGUUCUGUAUCACUUAGGGUUUACAAUUUAUUCUCCUAGAAUGAAGGGGACUUUGUGUGGUGGAGUUAAAAAAAAACCAAAGCCUAUUUACGGAGAAGAAAAAUGUGCUCUUUCUGUUAAUUGUAGACAUGACAUUAUAUGUAUAAUUGAUCAAUGUGUCAAUUGAAAUGAUUGACAGUGUACCUGUUUUCUGGUCAAAAAUUAUUGUCAGUAUGAAAAACCAACUUAUAA